CAUGGCUUUGUAAUGCUAAUGGCCUCCUAUAAAUAGGGGAGUGGGCUCCUCUCUCAGCUCACAACCCUCUCGCCUUCCUCAGAGAAGCACACUCUCUGUCUAACAGAAUGGCUCCUACCUACACCAGAGACUCUGACAACACCAUGCUCUCUACUAAAGACAAACAUAAACUAAGGAAACCAGUUGUGGAGAAGAUGCGUAGAGACCGCAUCAACACCUGCAUAGAGCAGCUCAAGACCCUUCUGGAGAGGGAGUUCCACAAACAGGACCCCAAUGCCAAGCUGGAGAAGGCUGACAUCCUGGAGAUGACGGUGGGGUUCCUGAAGCAGCAGCUGCAGCCUCAGCGCCCGGUCCUUCAGAGGGCCCACAGUGAGGGCUACUCCCAGUGCUGGAGGGAGACACUGCACUUCCUGUCUUCCAGCUCCAUGAAGGACAUGAUGCUCCAUAACCUCCAGAGAGCUGAACAGGACAUCUGUCUCUCCUCUCCACUCUCCUCCCAACACCAAAACCACAACCAGGGCCCAGUGAAACAGGCCAUCACAGGCCACAAAUCAGUCUGGAGGCCUUGGUAGAACCACCGCAUAGAGAGACUAUCUCACAAACUGGAUGGAUGUUUACCAUCUUUCUUGCUGUAGGAAAUACAUUUCCAAACGUUAUAUUGAAAUUAUAUUAUUUUCUUGUUAUAUUUGAACGGAAUUCUACUGAUGUGAUUAUUUGUUCUCAGAGAAGAAGCUGAAAACAUAUUUGUAUUAAUUCAUAAUGAAGAAUAUGUUUGAUAUUUUAUGUGUAUGUUUAUGUGUGUAUGCAUUUUGUGCUCACUUGAUGCACCAAUGUGUUCUUUAGUCCUUUCAUUUUCUAUGAAGAUGAUUUGUAAAGGUCAUAUCUUAACGUGUAUGGUUGCUUAGCUAACUCAAAUCUUGCUUUAACUCUAUUAUAUGUACUGUCCUAAUGAAGGACAUUUACAAAUGCUUUGAUACGUCUUUUGUAAAGGCUUUUUGGGACAUUGUUGUUCCACCAUAGGCACUGUUGUGCUGUGAAAUGUAUUGUUGAUACUGUGUGUCUUUCAUUCUCACUUGAUAAAGUGAACAGACACCUAAAAUGGAUUCCAAUAAAUGUUUUGGAAAGUAACCAUACUGUGUGUGUGUGUUUCUAAAGAUGUUGUAGUGAAACAGGGGAUGAUGGGACAUGUAGAAAAAGUCGUAAUGUACAGGGUAGAUGGAAAGUAACAACAGGUCCUUUAUGAAGGACAGCAAACGUCAUAUGACAAGCGUUAUAGUUUGUUGUCCCCUGUUUGGAGCUGUCUGUAAGAUAGACUACUGUGAAUCUGCUUUAUGAGUA